AUGGUAGCUGAACGCAGCCGUUCGCAGCGAGGCUCCCCUGGAGGUUUGCAGGGGGCGGCAUCACCCGAGUACCGAGGGGCCGGAGCCCCGGCGGUGCCGGAGGCAGCGGGGCCGGGUGCCGGGCCCCGGCGGUGUCGCAGCGUUGUCGCUGCGGCUCCGGGCGGGAGGAAGCGGAAGCCGGAUACCGCCGGGGCCACCCCGCGCCCCCGUGGCCGCGGCGCUGCCGUUCCGCUUGGACUCCCGACUCCGCUCGCUCCGUGCCGGGGAAGCCGCGCGUUGCCUGCGCACCUCACGGACCGAUCCGCGCGUUCCGAACCCAGCGAACCCGCAGCGUGGGGGACAGAGAACAGCAGAGAGCAGCUGAAGGAGGAAUGCAGUGUUGUCCUGCCAAGACAGACUCAAUUUGAGCUGAAAAGGUCACUGCCCACGAUGGCAUCACCAGGGCUGCUGGAGCUCUCUCAUGUUGCACCAUUGUUCCUUGCCACCAACUUGGCUUUCCCUAGCAAGAUUCCUGGUAAAUCCAGGCUCACAGAGCCUGUAUUACUUCUGUGUUCCUGGCAUAGGCUGGUGUUUAUGAAGAUCAAAGGAAGAUGGAAGAUGUUGAACUUCCUCAGCAAACAUAACUUUGCCUGAAUGGAUUUCCUCAAAAGCACUUUGGAUUGUGGGGCUGUACGAAUAUUCACCGAUGGGAGAGGUCCAGGUAUAACACGUUACAUUUGAAAAAGGUAUGUUUGUGCUGUUGACUUGUUUUAUCAUAAACCUAUAUGAAGGCAGGAAUUUCAGUACAUGUAAAUGCAUCACACUCUAUAUAACUUGCCCGGAUUUGGUUUCAAAGGAUAAGGUCUUUUUGGCUUUGUCAUUUUUAAGGAAGGAAACUCAGAGGAAGAAGUCUCAUUUACCAAAUGGGGGAAAUUUUAUAGGUUGUUUGUUGGGUAUUGUUGGUUUGUUGGUGUUUUAAAAGUAAAUUAAUUUUAUUCAUAAGGUUGUAAUGGAAAUACUUUCCAAUAGUUUUCAAAAGUUCAGAAAGUGUUUUAAAAUAUUUUUAUCCAUGCUUGGGAAGCUUGCUCCUCUUGCAUCAUUAUUGAGAUACAGUCCUGUUUACAGUUUGUUUAUUAUGAUAUACUAUGAGAUCAGUGAAUAGGCAGAAGAGCAGAGCAACAGAUUAAUAAAGGAAGAGGACUUCUAAUGUACUUCAGCCUAGGAAGAUAUUAAAAUUUUACAACACUCUGCAGGUGUCAUGGUACUGAAGAUAUGUGCUGGGUGUUUGUUAAAUCCCUGUGUGUGUUUGGGAUACCCAUAUGAUCUCUGUAGUAUUUCCUCCUGCAUGAUAAAUAGUGGAAAAAACUUUCACCUGUGGAACUGGAAGUCCCAUUUUUUUGAAAAAUACUUUUUUUUUUUUCCCCUGAGAGAACAAGAGAAAAUGUGUCUCUUUAGUCAUAAUGUAAAUCAAUCAUUUUGUGUUUAAAUUGGUGCACUUCCUGGAGAGCAACUUUACACACAAUUAGGGGUAAAUCUUACCUUAUAUUGAUGAGAGGCUGUUCCUCACCCCUGCAGUAUUCAUUGUUCUAAGUACUCCUCAUUUACACUUGAGGAUCUUGCAGUCUCACACAAUCCUCCUUUAAAAGAAAUCACUGAUAAAACUGAUAGAUCUUCCUGGUAUCUCUCUGAGUUGAAUUGAAUCUCCAAAAAAACUGCAAAAUAUCCUUAUUAUGUAUUGUCAAAUGUAGCUGAUGGGUGGGUGCGAUUUUAAAGAGAUGUAG